AUGGAAGGCUUUCUUGCGUUCCGCGGCGUUUGCACCUCGUGGAGGGCAGCGGCUGGCGAGGCUACUUUUAAUAAAACAUGGCCUGGACCUCCCUGGAUUAUGCUUGCAGAAAAUAAAGAGGGUGCCGAUCGAGAAUUUUACAGCCUUGCAAAGGGUAGGAACUGCAGCAGGUUGUUCCUCCCCGAGGCUAGGGAGAAAAAAUGCAUGGAAUCCAGAGGAUGGUUCAUUGCCCUUGGGGUUUCGGGAGAGAUGAGUUUGCUGCACCCUUUCUCCAGGGCUCAAAUUGAGCUCCCCCACAUCACCACUUUCCCAGAAAGGGCGGUUUUAUCUGCGAGUCCAUCCGAGACCUCAGACUACGUUGUCAUGGUGGUUCACGGCGGAGGACAAUAUCUUGGGUACUGGAGACCCGGAGACGAGUCUUGGACAGGAAUAGAAUCCAGACGGGCGCCCGAUCAUCAUCCCACCGUCGCAAAAAAUCCCUUCUGCAUGGAUCCCGAAUUCAAGGAUGGAACAUCCAUUAGCAGGUGUAGAUUAUAUCUACUGGCAGAAUCAUCCCCAUCCGCAGCAGGUGAUGAUCAAUUAUUUAUAGUUGCUCGAGACGGGAUCUAUGUCAGGGACGACGGGGAAUAUGGGGGCCGAGAAAUUUCGUUGAUAUGA